AUGCUACCCGUUAGGCCACUACUUCCUCAAAUGGAACUCUUGGGACUUCUACCAUUCAUGGUACCAUCCAUCCUCUUGAGAGGUGUCCGAGACCCUGGGCUGGUUGAGGGAUUCUUCUUAAGGUCAUGUCCUCAUAUCAGAGUAAAGUGUGAAAUCCAAGAACUGGACCAAUGUCGGAAGAGCACCCAGUGCCCGGACAGAAUGAAGUGUUGCUGGUUCAGCUGUGGAAAGAAAUGUAUAGACAUCUCAGAAGACGUAUGCAGUAUGCCAAAGAAAGUUGGCCCUUGCUUGGCCUACCUUCCGCGCUGGUGGUAUAAUAAAGAAACUGAACUCUGCACCAAGUUCAUCUAUGGCGGUUGCCAAGGGAACCUUAACAAUUUCCAAUCCCAAGCUGUCUGCUCUGUCACCUGCAAAAGAAAACGUAUAUCCAGUUGGAUAUGCACCAGGCACUGCCCGCAGGCCAAGGGAGUGUCACCCACCUUUUACCCACUGAACUACAAGCUCUGCGAGGGGGUGAUGGUCACUUUUCGGUCACAGCCUCAGUAUUGA